AACAAGGAUAUUUUGUGAAAUCUUACAUGGAAGCAAACAGCAAAGCAAAGGGUAAAAACAAAGACAAUAAAAGACUAGAGAUUCUCUCUCUGUCUUGCUAAUAAAAAGCAAAGCCAAAGUGUAAGCAGCACAGGACACGACAUUAACCUCAGCUCCACACACACACACACAGAUCUAUCUGUCUAUCCUCCUAUUUUCCCAUAUCUCACAGAAACACACACCUGGGUCUUAUAUAGAGUAGUCUUAUAUAAGGGUUUCGAUCAUCAUCGUCUUGAGUGUCGGUGGUGUGAAAUAGAUUGAGAAAUAAGGCUAAUUGGGUUGCUAUCAGAUAUGAACUAGAGGGUUUGUAUUUGUUGAAAAAACGUGCAAUGGAAAAGGAGUGGAGAAACAACAGUGGAUUUGGAGAUCAUUGGUUGUUUGAAUCGUCAUUAUCCUCAUCAUCGUCAUCGUCGUCAUCUUCGAAGCAUUCUUCUUCUCCGGUGUCAGUUUCUUCCUGCUCACCUUUCUCUUCUAUUGGUGCGAAUUACAUUGAGCACACUGUGUCCAGAUUUGAUACGCUAGCUGGAGUUGCUAUCAAAUAUGGAGUAGAGGUGUCUGACAUUAAGAAGGUAAAUAAUUUGGUGUCGGAUCUCCAAAUGUUUGCACUGAAGACUCUUUACAUACCCCCAGGGAGGCAUCCUCCAUCUCCUAUCUUGACUAACGGUUCUGAAUCACAGAGGCCAAGAAGCUCUGAACGAACUCCUCCUAGACGAAGGCAUUCUGAUUUAUUUGAAUCCUUGCAAUCACUAAAGUUGCAAUCUCCUAAGCGAGAAGUUUCCCGAGCCAUGCAAAGUUUACAAGGCUAUUAUCAUCUUAAUUCACCAGCUGAAGAAAAUGGUAAUGGUCCUCGAGGAUGUGAAAUGGCUGUGUAUCAAAAAGGAAGAUCUCAGUACUUGGAGGAUGGACCAUUUGACAAAUCUAGCAUAGCUAAUGGUUUUAAGCUGGAAAACAGAGGUCGAGCUGAUGGCCUAUUAGUUCCAGAAUCUGAUAACUUAGCAGGAAGACGUCCAAAAUCUGAAACUGACUUCAAUUCUCGUGCCACUGAAAGAUUGCUGAAGGAGGAUCCCACCAACAAUGGAUUUUCGGUUUUUGCUGGAAAAGGUCUAGCGCUGAGACCCAAAUCAGCUGCUAGGACUGUGUCUGGAGCUGAUCUAGAAACAGUAGCCCAGGAUUGUGUAUCUACAGCUGUUGGGGAUUCUUCUUUGCCUAACAGUUUCAGUGGAGUGAAAAAAUCAUAUAGUACACCAAGUUUGCAGGACUCAGACAACAGUUCUUCCAUCUGGCCAAUAAUGAAUUGGAGCUUGAUGCAAGAUUUUCAGGCCCCAUCCCCUGCAGCUGUUACAAGACCAAUCUUUGACGGCUUGCCAAAACCAAUUACGGGCAGAAGGAACAAAACAGCACUCGAUUAGUAAGAUUCUUUAUAAAAAAGAAAAGAAAAAAGAAGCCAAUUACAAUUUGAUUUGAUAUAAUUCAUUGGCCUGUCCAUCGCUCAGAUGAGAUGGGAAUAUACGGAAAACACAAAGGCGGGCAAUAAGUUAUGUAAGUUCUGGUCAUCUAUAGUAUCCUCAUUUUCCUACAAGAUUUGCAAUUCAAGUCAAAUUUUGGAAAGGUCAUGUGGAUAGCAAAAUAGUGUAUUAUAAUGAAAUGAAAGCAUGAUGUUUCACCGGUGUAUAGCUAUUAAUUUACAGAACUAUGUUCUUGUUAUACUUGAAUACUGGAAUUGGUUUAGCCAUUUUGAAUCGGAGCAUGAGAUUUAUGUAUUUGAUUUGAUAACUCCA